AAAAAAAAAAAAGGCAGACCAUAGCAUAGCGCGUUCACUUCGCUGUCCAAACCAUAUCAUAACCAAAGUUGAAGUGUUUAAAAGAAACUCGAGUGAAAAUUAUGCAUUGUUUAUCAGAAAGCUACCUUACCAUGAUUGUGUCAAAGAACAUUAUAGAGAUACUUUGAUAACAACACUCGUAACUACUUGUAAAAGAUAUAAGUUGAAUCCUUUUUCGGUGCUAAAGUUUUCAUCAAUUAUUAUACACUAUUUCACAAUAUUACAUUCAAUCCUAUUGGUGUGUGUGUAUGUGUUUUAAACAAUAGUUUUGGGUAUUCUAUAUAUCAAUUCAUGAACAGCAGUUGGUCUAAAAAAAGUAUCCGCCAUAUGCCUCCUGAUAUUUCGACUUUUUGGAACAAUUUCAAGCACGAAAAAAAAACUCUGUCUCAGUGUCUUGCAGAAGCACGCACGGAACUUGCAACAACAUACUCUGAUAAUAUUGUUGAAAUAUUUGAGACAAAAUCGUUAAAAAUAUUUCAAGUACACUUUACAAGACUAGAGUUUUGGUUUAUACGCCAAGAGAGCCUCCAAUGGUUUAGCGAUAAAGGAUUAACUAAAGACUUGAAAGCUGAAAUCAUUGAUAUCUAUGUACCAUUUAGAGAAAGAUUGGAUGUAGCGGUAACGUUGAAAAGCCUAUGAGAGCCUGCUGGAAAAUUUAU